AAAGUUAAACAAAAGAUGGCGGCAGAGUGGCGACGGCAGCGCCGCGCGCGGCUCGACGAUGCAGUCGCCAGUCAACAUGGCGGCCGCCUGAGCCAUCGCGGCCGGAGCGCGCCUCGAGCCCGAGCAGAGAUGUCCGCGUCCGCGCCCCACGCCCACGGGCGCACCCCCGCGCGGCGCCGGGGCCACCAGCACCACCCGCGGCUCCGGGGUGAUCGGGCGUCCGCCCCCACUGAUCCGUCCAAACAAGUGACCUUACAGACUCAAACAGAUGAUGUUGUGCCUUGUGUCAAUAGUGUUAGUGAAUCUCAACAAGUGACAAGGACGAACGGUGACGAUACACUUUCGAAUAGGAACGUAGUAGAGGAAUUUUCGAAUAUUGACGAUGAAGAUGAAUUUGAUAAAAUAAUAGCGAGCGUAGAAUUGCGCGACAGUUCGGACGAUGAUUUAUCUAAUAAAGAAGAGAGGUCGGCGGGAGACGGUGCGGAGGUGCCCGCGCUCCCGGAUGCGUCCGACGAUGAUCCGGAGACGGCGGAGCUGGCCCGGCUGCGGUGCACCAGCGUGUGCACGGAGGUGUUGGCGGAGCGAGAGAGCCGGAGGCGGCGGCGCUGCGCCGACUACCCGGGCCUGGCCUUCGGCAGCUCAAUAUUUUCAUCGGACACGAUGAUGAAGUUUUCGAUCAUCAAGAAUGAAUUGCAGAAUAUCAAGAACACCGCUUUGAAAAGGGCUGAGUCCGAGGUCGCCGCUCUCAACCGACGCAUCCAACUGCUGGAGGAGGACCUCGAGAGGUCCGAGGAGCGUCUCGCCACCGCCACCGCCAAGCUCGCGGAGGCCAGCCAGGCCGCCGAUGAGUCCGAACGCGCCCGCAAGGUCCUCGAGAACAAGUCCCUGACUGAUGAGGAGCGUAUGGACGCCCUGGAGAACCAGCUGAAGGAAGCCAGGUUCCUCGCUGAGGAAGCCGACAAGAAAUACGAUGAGGUGGCCCGUAAGCUGGCCAUGGUAGAGGCUGACUUGGAGCGUGCGGAGGAGCGCGCCGAGUCCGGCGAAUCCAAAAUCGUCGAGCUUGAGGAGGAGCUCCGCGUCGUCGGUAACAACCUGAAGUCCCUGGAGGUCUCCGAGGAGAAGGCGAUGGCGUCCCGUGAGCACGUGGAGGAUAAGAUCCACGGCCUCUCCGCUAAACUGUCGCAGGCUGAAGCCCGCGCUGAGUUCGCUGAGCGCUCCGUGCAGAAACUCCAAAAGGAGGUCGACAGGCUCGAAGACGACCUGGUUGCCGAGCGCGAAAAGAGCAAACUCCUGCAGGAGGAGAUGGAGGCCACGCUCCACGACAUCCAGAACAUGUGAACGCGUGACCGCCGCGCGCCCGCCCGCUCAUCGAUAUCGAUUCCCGACACGCUAGCGCGCUUUCCCAACCCUACAACUGUCAUUUGAAAAAAGAACGCGCGCUAGUUCUUUUUUCAACUCGGCAUAGAUAUUAUUUUAUUUUUUUGACUUGAGAAUCGAUGCCCGCUGAGCCGGCCGGCGCUUAGAUGUUACUAGCUAUAGAGUAAUUGCCAGCCGCUUCUAUUGUAACGUCGAGUGUUCGCUACGACACCACUGCCAUGUGCAAUUUUUUUUAAUUUGAUACACAAAUUUACUAAUAUUUUUUUGUUGAGAAGUGUACUCGUAAAUCCUCAUUUGUUUUAGUCAUUAUUUAUCGAGAGUGACUGAUUUAGCCGAUUGCGGCCGUUGUAUGCAGCUUAGUAAGAUCUUACGGCACUCUAGCUCUAAGGGGAAAUGUUGACAUUCCAAAAUGGGGACCAAAAUGUUAAAUACAUUCAGCAUUUGUUAUACUCUAAAGUCAUUCCAGUAGCGUAGAACAAAAUAGAUACCGACCUCAAUGAAACAAGAUUUCCACAGUAACUGAUGUAUUCAGGUAUCGACUUUAGCGAGUCCGUUUGCAAUUCAAGCUCUUACUUAAUUUUAGAGAAGUGAUUAGAUGUUUUAUUUAAUGAGUGAUGGUAAGCAUAUGAUAUUUAUAAGAAUAUACUUGCUAUGAAGUAUUUUGAUAUUCUAUUUUGUUUCGAGUAUGAUUUUUCUUGUGUCAUAAUUUGAGUUUGUUGCUAUUUAUUUAAAUUAAUCGAUGAAAUUGACCGCACCGUGUCGCGAUUUAGGUUCGGCGCGUCGAGUACCGCCCGCCGUUCAUACAUACAUACACAUACUUAUGAAAAUGUGAGAAAUAUAAAAUUACGUUCGAUAAAUCGAGGGGAAUCCGUCUUUAUAAUGUUAUCGAUUAAUGAAAUGGUAGAUAAGUUCGUGAGAAAUAAAUUAAUGAAUUUAAGAGUAUUCUAACACAAGUGUUUAUAAAUAUAUAUUAUCAUUAUUUUUAA